UGUUAGUGUUGGUGCCUCGACACCAGUCUGGAAGGAGCGACUCGGUGACUGCGGCGACCGCAUUUCUCGGCAGCAUGGGAGACGUUGUGGGAUAUACCGCAAAAGGAUUUUAGGAACCGCCGUGAAAAUGGCAGAGAGGUUGGAGUGGGUGGAGAUCAUUGAGCCUCGCACACGGGAGCGCAUGUACGCCAACCUGCUGACGGGAGAGUGUGUGUGGGAUCCUCCGCAGGGUGUUUGCAUCAAGCGGACUGGUGACAACCAGUGGUGGGAGCUGUUUGACCCCAACACCUCACGCUUCUACUAUUACAAUGCCUCCACCCAGCGCACCGUGUGGCACCGGCCUCAGGCUUGCGACAUCAUCCCCCUGGCCAAGCUGCAGACCCUGAAGCAGCACACGGACACGACCAACCCCCGUCCUGCAGGCGGAGGGGGGAGAGCAUCUGCCGACAACAGCCCGGGACGCAACAGCGGGGUCAGCCGAGAGGGAAGCACCUCCUCCUCUCUCGACCAGGAGCUCUCUGAAAAGCAGGGCAACAGAGAGGAGGCAGAUAGGACUUCUCCCUUCAGGUGGAACACUGGUACAAAAGAACGGAUGCUGAUCAAGGUGACGGACCGAGAGCCCAGCUUCUUGGCCCAUCAGGGAAACGGUUACUCUCCCUGUGACCCCCCGACUCCUGGCGGUGCUCCUUCAGGGGGGGGCACGGCCUCGCGAACCCGCCGUUCGUCCGGCGGAAACGCGCCCUCGGAACCCGACGGCUCCCCCGUCCUCUACGCCGACCGCCGCCAGUCUCCCUUCCUGAAGCGCGCCGAGCUGGGGGGCACCGGCACCCACCGGCGCUCGUCGGCCGACUCCCAGCCCCCCUCGCCCCGCUACGCGUACGAGCCCCCGCUAUACGAGGAGCCGCCCUCAGAGUACCAGCCCCCUCCCAUCUACGAAGAGCCGCCCACCGACAUGCACCUGUCCGACUCUGCCUUCUACGGCACUGGAAAGUCGCCUGCUCGCAAGACAUCCGCCCCCCUCUACCACUCCCCCAAGCAGGGCCAGUCGCCCUAUGGCCAGCUGGUUCUGACCAGGCAGAAGUGUCCGGAAAAAACCCAGAGUCUGGAGUACAGUCCGGUGGGGAAGGAGUACGUCAAGCAACUGGUGUACGUGGAGCAGUCGUCUUCCAGCCCUCGCUUCAAAACCGCCGACCGCCUGCUGCGCUACGGCACCACGGGGGGCUACGGCGGUUCGUACGGGGGGUCCUACACGCUGCAGCACAGCCAGUCUCUGAUACGCGACCCCCGUCUGCUUCUGGACUACAGCGGAGAAGGCGGAGAGGGAGGCCAGAGGUUGCUUUACGAGGACUCGAUAUCCUGGACGUCCAGCCAGACCCACUCCCUGUCCUCCUCCUCCACAGCCGGCCCCGGGGCCUUCUCUCCCGGCGGCAACCGCAAGCGCAAGAGCCGCAAGCCGUCCCUCCCCCAGGAGCUGGCGCGCUGCGGGGAAGGGGAGCUGUCGGGCACGGCCUCCGAGGCGAUGCUGGCCCAGGCCAGGCUUGCGUGGGAGGCCCAGCAGGUUAUGAAGCAGAGGAGCAGCUGGGACUCCGGGCAGGGAGGUGGCGUGGCGCAGGGCGGCGGCUCCAAGGACGGCUACGAGAGCGACGGGGCGGUGCCGCUGCCGUUGCCGGGCCCCGUGGUGAGGGCCUUCAGCGAGGACGAGGCGCUGGCGCAGAGCGAAGGCCACCACUGGAAACGCAGCACCUUCGAUCGCCUCGGCUUCCCUCAGGCUCUGCUUGAGAAAAGCCUCUCCGUCCAGACCAACCUGGCCUCCCCUGAACCUUAUCUCCACCCGUCACAGUCGGAGGACCUCGGAGCCUGCGCUCAGUUUGAAGCCAGUCGAAAUGCCAGGAACAUGAUGCCGAGCGCCAGCUGUGGCAUUUUCCCAGAAUUCACCUUGAGAAAGCCGUCCUCGGAGACCGACAUAGAGAACUGGGCGUCCAAGCACUUCAACAAACAUACGCAGGGUCUGUUUAGAAGAAAGGUGUCCAUUGCCAACAUGCUGGCCUGGAGCAGCGAGCCCAUCAAGAAGCCCAUGAUCGUGACCUCAGACCGCAACGUGAAGAAGGAGGCGGUGGACAUCUUUAAGCUCAUCCAGACCUACAUGGGAGACCGCCGUUCCAAGUCUGACCCCGUUUCCGUGGCUCUGGAGGUGGUGGUGCGGGGGUGGAGUAACCAGGGUCUGCGUGACGAGCUCUACAUCCAGCUGUGCCGUCAAACCACAGAGAACUUCCGCUAUGACAGUCUGGAGCGAGGCUGGGAGCUGAUGGCCAUAUGUCUGGCCUUCUUCCCCCCCACGCCCCGUUUCCACACCUACCUGGAGGGCUACAUCUGCCGACACAUGGACCCCCUGAAUGACACCAAGGGAGUGGCCAUUAGCAGCUACGCUAAAUACUGCUACAGGAAACUGACAAAAGCUGCUCUGACUGGAGCCAAGAAGGGCCUGCAGAAGCCCUGUAUAGAGGAGAUCCAGCACGCCAGGAUCGCAAUCUUCAGUCCCUCCAUGUUCGGUUCCUCCCUAGACGAGGUAAUGUCACUACAGAAGGAGCGGUAUCCAGACCGCCAGCUGCCCUGGGUACAGACUCGCCUCUCUGAGGAGGUUCUGGGUCUCAAUGGAGACCAGACAGAAGGCAUCUUCAGGGUACCAGGCGACAUAGAUGAAGUUAAUGCCCUCAAGCUGCAAGUGGAUCAGUGGAAAAUCCCCACAGGAUUGGAAGACCCACACAUACCAGCGUCUCUGCUGAAACUGUGGUACAGGGAGCUGGAGGAUCCGCUCAUCCCUCAUGAGUUUUAUGAGGAGUGUAUUACUCACUAUGACAACCCCGAAGCAGCUGUCAACGUGGUGCUGGGCCUGCCGCACAUCAACAAACUGGUGCUCUGCUACCUCAUUCGCUUCCUACAGGUAUUUGCCCAGCCUGCCAACGUGGUCAUCACCAAGAUGGAUGUGAACAACCUGGCCAUGGUCAUGGCUCCCAACUGUCUGCGCUGCCAGUCCGAUGACCCCCGGGUGAUCUUUGAGAACACCCGCAAGGAGAUGUCUUUCAUCCGAGUGCUCAUCCAGCGGCUAGACACCAGCUUCAUGGAUGGGAUCCUAUAGCCCCCCCAUUAUACACCCUCCACAUUCAUACAUUUCCUCCUCCUCUUCCUCCUCCUCCUCCAUCACAGGCCCCCACCUCCUGCACACCGCUCCCCCUCCCCACCUGCACAAGAGCAUCAAUCAAAACACCAAUUUCUGCUGCCGGAUUGAACAUGUUUACUUUAAAAGCAACACAAACUGCCUUGAUUUGAGUUUGUCCACUCUGCAUUUUGAGUUGACCGGCUGUUUCUUUUUCUUUUUAAUAGUCCUUCAACUGACAUUUGCAAGAAAACCACUAAUAGUAGAGUUACCAAGUUUUCACGUGAUAAUUACUGUGUGUGCCUUCACAUGCAUUAAUACGUUGUACGCAUAUGGUAUGAAGGAAUUAGCAGGGAACUCAUCGCUCCGUUGGAUUCAUUGCAUUCAUUUCGUUGGCACACGUGGAGUUUCAGGCCCCAGUGGUUCCAUCCAAAUCUAUGAAAUUGUUGUCGUCUUCGUUUUCCCAUGCACCGCCACAAACUCACGUACCUGCCGUGCACGACGCCAUCCCACGCGAGGCAACUGAGACGAAUGAACAUGCUGUGUGUAGUGCAUACAUUAUACAAGACUGGCGCCAGAUUUUCACAGGAUUAUUAAUUAUAUUAAUUAUAUCAGACUCAUCCCGCGAGACGUAGUACCCCCGAUGCCAGGCUGAAAGGUUAUCUUCAUUGGCAGCAGAUGACCCUCAAAACUGCCGUGACUUGGUUUUUCCUUGAGGCGUUUCUUACUGCUCCAUUCGUGAUACGCUAAAUAUGUGGGUAAAACUAUAGGUUCCCAUCAAACACACUUUAAACACGUUUCUCUAAAGAGAGGCAGGCGUUAGGCGACAGUUCUGUAAGUAGGGAGAACAUGGACACUUAAACCCCCCCUCCCCUGCUGCUGUUAGUGUAUUCUUCACUUAUAUGUCUACACAACGUACUAAAAAACUUUUAUUUUGAAAGCGGGUUGUCACUUUGACGUUCUAUUUUCUAUUCUCUUAACAUCAGGAUUUUUUUUUUUUAAUUAUUUGUCAGUGGGAGAAUUUACUUACUGUGAGGUUAGUGGUAGUGUUUCUGCAGUGUACGAAAUAGUGAUCGCUAUAGAUGUGCAGCAUCGAAGUCAGCAACCUGCCGCACCACUGGUUUUUGCAGUCCAUGUUCUUAUUAUCACUUAACCAAAGCUCACACUGUCGGCGUUAAGUCUUAAGUUCCCCCCUUACUCUCCGAGCUGGUGCUAAUGAGUGAAAUAAACCGGUAAACCGGUAACUCCAUGACCACUUUUUUUUUUUUUUUUUUUUUUUUGCACCGAAACCGUGAAGAAGUCUGCUCGCGUCUUUCCGCUCCGCCUUAGUAUUUGGUGCUGUCCGGCCACUUUUGUCUGUUGUCUGCAGCCUCCCUGCGCCCCGCAGGAGGAGGGACGACAGCAGCACUGCCAAUACGGUCCUAUCCAUACUCGCCCAGAUAAUGACAACGACUCCAAAAUACACCCCCAGCCCCAUACAGCCACUCCACUAUGGCCACACCACCACCGCCACUGAGCCACACCGGGCUCACUGAUGAUUAGUGAAAGUGUCUAGCUGUCUGUGUGUGCUUGUCCGUCCCCCUUGUCUGCCAUUGUUUACAAACUGUACCUGUCUCUUACAUCCACGCCUACAUCUCCUGUCUACGAGCAAGUACUGUUCUUUUCAUUUGAGAUUUUUCUGCAAUAUUUAACAGAAAUUGACAGAAUCUAUGUUUGUUAACCCGUUUCUUUUUAUAUGAUUUAAUUUAUUUAUAUUUAUUUGAGGAAAAUUUCCUCAAUGCCUUCUUGAGAUAUUGUAUUGUAGGCUCCGGUGUAUGUUUUUUUUUUCGUUUUGUUAUUGCACAAGUGAGCGUAUAUCGUGCGUACGACCGUGCGGGUGCCAGACUGAAUGUCUACUUUUCUGUAGAUGCGUGACGGUGCGAACCUCUCUGUACAAGUUCGAUUCAUUUGGGACUUUGUUUGUUUGUUUUUUUGCGACGCUACUGAAAGGCUGAUUGCGAGCACUCCACGGGAACACACACACACACACA